ACAUUUGUUUUCAUGCAAACAAAAUGUGCUUUGUAUGGAUAUUGAAAUGUUGAACCUGUUUUCUGACAAGUUUUUCAGCUAAACAAAUCUUGAAAUUUUAUGAACAGAAAUUUCAUGCAUCGGACCAGCGUGCAAAGGACUUUUAGGAGUUCGACAAAUAAGUUGUGAUUUAAUGGGCUGUAGCUGAAUACUGAUGUGAUAUUGGAUUUUUACGCCAUCCACAGUAAGGCAUUCACAGUGGAUGGAUGGACAAUAGUGGCUGCGUGUGACUAUUGAGGAACGUAGGCAAGGGACAGCAAAAAGGGUUUAUCUAAUCUGUCCACGUCAACAGCAUAUUGGACACUUGGUACUUAAAACACUUAAAUAUUGCCUCAGGACUUGACUGGAUUAAGCAUCAGCUGGAAUUUGUCAGAAGAUGGCUGUGCCUACACCCCAGUUCUACUGCAGCCUGUGUGACGAAGAUGAUCUCGAGUUUGCCAUCGCCUAUUGCGAAGAUGACAACCAGAAUUACUGCCGAGCCCACCUUGACAGCCACGCUGCAUUCCCAUCGACACGCACGCACCGCACACAUGACCUUCUCAACACACAGGGCAAGACCCAUUGUGACCACACAGAUGAGCAGACUUCAUACUGUAAAGAUCAUCAGGUCCUGUGCUGCAUACCUUGCAAGGUGUUUGGACAUUCAGAGUGUGAGUCUGUCAACAAUGUUGGUGACUACUUAAAAAAUAAGGACAUUAUCAAAGAAAAAUGUUCCAGAAUGAGCAGAAAGAUGAAAAGCAGAAAGAAUAUUGUGGACAAGAAAAGUUCAUCUGCCCAUGACCAAGAGGAUAAGUGGAUAUCGAAGAUGAACGAAGCUGUUACACAAAUGAAUGAGGUAAAAGCUGAACUGGAGAGAAAGAUUAGUAACAAGAUAGAUUAUGUCAGACAAAUCAUGAACAAGAAGCGGGAAAGUCUGGACAAUGAGCAAGCUCAGUUGGAGGAAGCGAUUGAACAACUGGACAACAUUAUGACUGUGAUACCUGAGGGGCAUUCUAAAUUGGAGACAUUUCAAGCUGUGUAUAAUGCAGAAAAGACAAUAAAGCAGUGUGAACAGAUUCAGAAAACAAGGCCAGGAAAUUGUCAUAUUGAGUUUCUUAAGGCCGAGCACAAUUUUGAAGCCCAGCAUUACGUGAAUGGAUCUCUUCUGUGUUUCACACAAGCAGUGGAGAAAAUAAACCGCGUUUAUUCUGAAAUUCAGAAGUAUCUCCCCCAUAUCCGAGAAGAAGAAUCUGACGAGCCUGUCCGCAUGGCUCCCUUUUCAGCCAUUCAGGAGGAGAGCAUUCCACUUGUCCACAAGCUCCAUGUGCCAGACAGUAACAUACAAAAUGAUGAGACCAUGAGAAAACUGCAAGUACCCCAGCCCAGAACAAGAAGCAGGUCCCUAGACUGUUCUAGUGCCAUCUACCGUGGAAGGGAUCAUAGACGGAGACUCUCAGACUGUUAUGAGUCUCUGAUUUCAUACAGUGAAAAGGAGGCCUAUCCCAGCAUUCCAACCAGGCAACAAUGUGUCAUGAUGGUGAGAUGUCCGGAUGACGAUCCAUAUAAAAAGUGUUGCAUUACUGGUAUUGCACCCAUCGAAAACAAUGCUUAUAUGGUAAUGGCUGACUACACCAAUUCAAAACUGAAACUAUUUGCAACAUGUGGAACACUUGAAGAUGAAAUGAAGUUUGAAGCAGUUCCCCGAGAUAUUGCUAAAGUUGAUGACAGUACAAUACUUGUCAACUUCCCAAUGGCUAAAAACAUUCAAAUUAUAAAAAUUGAACUAGACAAAAAUACGAAAAUGAAGAAACUUAAAAUCGAGGGGACUAAAAUACAUACACAUGCAAAAUGUUGUGGAAUAGCAUAUCACAAUGACCUUGUGUAUGUUGCAACACAAAUACCCCAUCAAAUUAUCAUUAUGACAUUACACGGAAAUAUAAAAAAACAAUCCCUGGGGAAGAUCUUUUUGACAGAGCAACUUAUAUAACAGUGGACGCUUCAUCAUCAAUAAUUUACAUCUCUGAUCCAAGCAAGAAAUGCAUUUUGGGACUCACUGAAGACGGUGAACUGAAAAUGAAAUAUGAGGUACAAGCUUCCCAUGGAAUCACAAUGGCGGGAAAUGGCAAGCUAUUUAUAGCAGACUGGGAGACAGGCUUACAUCUUGUUGAUACUAAUGGGAUCAGAAAGGGUGACCUGAGAUUAGAAAGAUGUUUUUGUCCACAGAAGCUGGCUUUUGAUCCGGAGAAAUCAAUACUGUUUGUGACGGAAUGGGAAAGUGACACAGUUAGGACGAUCGGCCUGGCAAGCCCUUAUUAGCUGGAAAUGUGUAAAACCUAUAAUAGGACAUGAAUUGGAGACUCUCCCUCUCUCUUGAUUUCCAUUAUCAACAUGGUGCCAUAUGGAUGGGAAUUCUGACUGACAUGAUAAGCUUUAUCUGAAGGUCUGAAAGUAAUGAAAAGAGAUGAUAAGAAAUGAUAUAUGACAGUGUUGCUCUAAAUCAUUGGAGACAUGGUUUAUCUGAUAUCAAAUGCAUCUUCAUUAAUGUGACUUGAACAAAUUGGUGUUAUUCAAAAGGACACAAAACAUGAAAGACAUAUACUGCAAUGAAAUUGUUUUUUUCUUCUAUAUAUAAUGAUAACAGUAUACCACGUAAACAUACUUUUCACUGUUAGAUGCCUAAGUACCAUGAUCAAAAUUGUUGCACACUUUGUAAGGCUCGGAUGAAAUUUCAAAUGGCUAAACUUAUUUUAAAAACAACAACUUAUGAUCUGCACAAAAAAACUCAUAUGGCCAUAAAUAAGACAGUCAGUGAAUGGAAAUUAUGCAAGUCAUCCAUGCAGAACUAGUUUCUUUGUAACAUCAAUGUACCGGUAGUUUCUGCAUUGCAAUUUCAUAAUAUUUAUUUCAACAUUUUGUACUGGUUUUCAAUGAUGACAUAGAAUAUGCAUUUUCGCAUUUAAUACCAUCAGUAUCAGAUUACUUCUCGAAAGCUUUAAUAUUAAAGUUGCUAUUCAAUUUCUUGCAGUUAAUUCAUUAUAAUUUGAAAUGUUUGUGCUUGAUUUAUUGUAAGUGAUUGUAACUUUAUAAAAUUGAUUAAAAAUUGUGUGAUUUUAUUUCUGGUAGGUGCAUAGUCAUAUAUAAUUACAGUAGAAUUUGAUGCCUUGACAACCAACAACAUUUCUGUUUAUUAUUAAUAAAAGUACAUCCUAUUA